AUGGAGUGCUCAGGUUGUUUUAAUCCAUUUGAUUAAGAAAUUCAUAUUCCAAGAAUACUAAUAAACUGUGGUCAUACUCUCUAUAGUCCAUCUUAGCUCCCAGUAAAUCUAGCACUUUUGUCCUUCACCAAGAUGCAAGGAUCCUAGGAGCCACCUAAGUAAUAGUAGUAGUCAAUUUAAAGUUAGCAUUAGCCUAGAAGAAAUAGAGUAUAAUCGACAAUUUAGACAGGAUAAUAGGUAUCUUUAUGUGAGUCUCACAAUAAAAAAAUUGAAGCAUUUUGUGAUUUAGACAAAAAGCUUUUGUGUAUCGAUUGCAUAUUGAAUGAGAAUCAUAAGAGCCAUGAAAUCUUAUCACUAGAAAAGGCAUGCUAAAAGGAGAAAUAUGUAUUUGAAGUAUCUUUAAAAACGGCUUUGUAAAAAGAAAAUGAGGUUUAGCACUAGAUACAUAGAAUAAAAAAUUAUCUAAGUGAACUUGAGGAAUCCGCGAAUAGGAACAGGAGUGAGAUUAGCAAGAUAUUCAAUGAGAUACGAAAUAAAAUCAUUGAGAAGGAGACUAAUAUGAAAAAGAUGAUAUCGGAUACUUUAGAAAAAGAAUAGCAGAUGCACAAAGCCAGAAUUGUUUAAUUAGAAGAUUAAAUGAGAUGUAUUUAGGACUUAAAAGAUGAGAAAUAGAGGAUAGAUGCUGAACCUGCAUUAGAGACACUUCUCUAAUCACCAUUCAGAUGGGAAAUCGAAAAUGAAGCUAAUAGAAAGAUAGAGACAUUAACAUUCAAAUAAGUCUUCCCUGAGAUUAAAAAAGAUGAAGAAAUAGCAGGAAUUGUAAGAGCGAUUAUACCCUUACAUUUAAGGACUAGUUUAUUGCAAGGUACAGUUUCAUCUUCAAUAAAAAAGAAGGAAAAAUAGGACGACCUCAAAAGAAGAGAGUAAUCGAAUAAACCUGCAAUCCCAGUUUAUGAUUAUGAUCACAAAUUCAAUUAUAGGAAUGGUUAUCUAAGAGAUGAUAGGGUUCCAGCUUUUAUUUCUACCAAAUAAAAUUAAUAGUUAAGAAGAGAAACUGAAGUUGAAAAAGCUGUCAAUACCAGCACAGAUUUUAUCAAUGAGAGUAGGACACUUAUAGGUGUUGUAUAGAAGUAAAAUAACAAUGGUGGGCCAUCAGCUAAUAAUAACUAUAAUAAAUAGCAAUAAAAUAGAAAUCUUGGCAGGGGUGGUAAUGCAGGCCCCCUUGGAAGUAAUGACAAUUCUCCGAGAACUCAAUAAUUACUAAUGAAUCAAUAAAUCAAUAAAUAGCAUUAAAACGUUGUCUAAUAGCAAAUAUCUGGGCUCUAAUAAGUAAAUUAAAGAAUCGCAAAGAAAAGUCAAACUUUAACAAAACGAGAAAAUGUAAAUGCUGAAAUGUCUAUUUUAUCUAAAGAUGAAUCAAGCAUUUUUAACUAAAAUUAGAACAAAAUUUAACUGAUUUCGAACUAACAUGCUUAUCAAAUGAAUAAUAAAAGAUCAAUUUCAUCUGGUAGAGUUAAUGAUGAGUUGUAGUGUACUUUGCCCUCAUCUAUUUAGAAGAAAGAUUCACCUCCUAAGAAAACUAACAGAGAAGGCAGUAUUCUACCAAAUACGAUCUUUGAAAAAAUAGAGAAUGACUCGUAAAACGAUCAAGAAAUGGAAGCUAAUUAGGAUGAUCCUCACCUUUAGCAAUAUUAGCCAUCCAUAUAAAUACCACAGCCUGACAUUAAAUAAUCUAUUAUGAACACUGGAAAAUUAAGAACUAGCAAUUUAGCUGAGGCAAGAUAAUAUAAGAAACAAUAAAAAUAAUAGCAAUAGAUAUAGGUCUAAUAUGUAAAGCCUAUUCAAAAUUAACCCUCUAUUUUACAUAAUCCAAAUGCAUCGAUAUCAAUGGUUUCAACUUAGACCAAGAAGAAAAAGCAAAAGGGCAGAGAUAGUCAAUAUUUUGAAUUCACUAAUGAGAAAUUGUUUAAGCAGAUAAUUGAAAAGAAAGGAUCAAAUAAUCAACUGACUAAGACUCAGAAGUCUUAGAAAACAUUAAGAUCGCAACAAAAUCCUUAAAAAACUCAAAGGAAAUCUCUGAACUAGAAUAUAAAUAUUAAGUCACAUGCAUAAUACAAGCAAAGUGAAUCAUCAGAUUAAUCAUAGAAUCCAAAUCAACUGAGCAAAGAUGACAGAUAGAAAUCAUCUCAAGAUGAACAACAUGAAUAUGAGGAAACAGAAAGUCAGCAAGAGGAGGACUCUUACGAAGAAGAAAAAAUAGAGGAUGAGUUCUCUGAUUAAACUUAAAAGAAGCGAAGAGGGGGUGUCAACAAGUUUAAUGAUCGAUCUCCUGUCAAAAGUGAAGAUAUGGAGGAUAUAGAUGUUGCUCCAGAAAUAUCAUCAAUUCAUGAAAGUCCUUAGAAAAGACAAUCCUCUGAAGUUCACUAAAGUCCAGAUCUCAUUAUCAAAACAGAUAGUCCUCAUGGACAAGCCACAACUAGGGAUAAGAAAUUGAUUAAUAUGGGAAUGAGCGGUCCAUUACCUUUGAAAGUUUUGAGAGGUUUGAAUUCUGAUACAAACAAAAAUCAAGUUGAAUUGAUAUUUGAUGAUGAUCAAAGUAGAAUAGUCUUUUAAAAUGAAUAAAAUACAUUGAAUGAAAUUGAUAGAGAUCAAGUAAGCUUUAGAUUGGACUUUGAUGUAAUAAUGAAGAGCAAUAAUGAUGAUAGUAGCAUGUUUUAAUUUAAAUAGUUGCCUAUUGGUAAAGAAGGUGAUAUUGAAAAAAUGAUUCCACACUCAUUAGUAGCAGCUUAAUUGGAUGAUAACAGCAAAUAACAGUCAUCGGUCACAUCUAUGACAAUGGAUUUUGAAAACCUCUUUAAAAUGAAGGAGGAGUAUAUAUUCGUUUUUUGUGGCUUUAAUGAAAGAUUUUUGACAUCAGUAGAAGUGCUUGAUGUGACUAGGGGUAUUUGGAGAGAAUUCCCAGAAUCUUGCUCGAAUCGUGCUAAAUUUCAAUUUGGUAUUCAAUUAGAUGAAGUCGAGGAUUUCAAUAUCAAAGAUAUGAAGAGCUUCCUUGGAGACUGGAAACUUCCAACGAAUGUUUCAGGAUUCGCAUCCUCUGGAACUAUUGCUAUCUGUGGUGGAAAUACUGGACCUAAUAUCAUCAAUAAAUUCUAUAUGAUCACUUUUAAAAAAGGGGAGACAAUACCCCAAAUAUCAGAGAUGCCUCCAAUGAUCAAACCUAGAGAAGAGUUUGCUUUGGUAAUGGGGCCAGAAGGAAAAUUAUAUGCAGUUGGUGGUUACAAUUCUCAAGAAGGAUGUUUAUCGUCCAUUGAAAGCUUUGAUUUCCAAACUCAGUAGUGGCAAAUCAUAACAUCCCUAGACGAAGGUAAAAGAGCAUUAAAUGCAGUAGCUCUACCUGAUGGUAUUUACAUAAUAGGAGGCUACAAUGGCAAAGAAUAUUUGAACACAGUUCAAAAAUACGACAUUUCAAGCAACAAAAUGAGUUAUAUGAGACCAAUGAACACAAGCAGAGGCACUUUUUCAGCCCUAGUAGCCUAAAAUUGCCAUCAUAUCUAUGCUAUUGGUGGAUUUAAUGGUUAACCAUUAGAUCAUGUUGAGCGCUACGAUACAAUGCAGAACUAAUGGGAAUAUCUAGCUCCCAUGAAAUAAAAAAGAUUUAUGCAUGCUUCAUGCAUGACUUUCAUGUAAGUCAAUAAAAUCGGCCUUAAAACUUUUAGCGAAAAAAAGAAAUGA